CAAAACCCGGCGCCCCCCCUCCUCGGUACGUGAUCUUACGUUGAAAUGCGCUUUUAUUUCCAAAAUCCCUAAUCUCGGCUUUUGGUGCUACCGUGGGCUCUGUCACACCAAUUGAAACGCUUCGUUUUUCAUUCGCUCCUCAAUGGGGGAUCGUUCGAAACACCCACCAAAAGCAGCAAAAAUAAGCAAUCAGUUAAACGCCGCAAACAAAGAAAUCAAACGGGCGUCAUUUUUAGAUCUGAGAACAAGCUCGCGGGCAAUCCAAACCAAAACAAUCUCGGAAACUCUCUGUCCCUUAUCGCUGAACCUAUCUCACAUAUGCACUAAACUACUAAGUAUUGUCAGUGAAUUAACGCCGGUCGCUUCGCUGACUCACGCCGACCUGAAUCGAAUCAGACGCACGGAGGCAAGAAAUUAUGAUCUCCUAAAUUUGCUGGAGGCCAAGUACCUAUUUAACCAGUGCGCCGUGCGGCAACAGAAAGAUGUCAUUCCACUCAUAAAAGUAUCCCAAGUGCUCGAGCAUCAUAUACACUCAAAGCGUUUCAAUUGGCUGGUGGCCGAUGUGACAUCAGGGAUUGUUGAAUCUGCUCUAGUAAUGCGAGCGACGGCUGUGAAAUCAUUAAACGAAAAUUUUCACCUCUCAGUCUCCAUUGAAUAUCUGUCCAAACUGAAUAAAUUCGAUUCAGUCUACAACAAUCAAAGAAAUGCAAGUGUUGCUGAUCAGCACUUUUUACAGCACGAAGCAUUCUUUCGUCCCCAUCAGCAUGUGAAUAUUGGCCCAGAAUCAGCACCUUCAAUUUGGACCUGUACCAGCGAGAGGAAUAAAGUAUUUUGGAUUGAAAGGAGUACUCUUUUUCAUGCAGCAUUCUGCAGUUCCCGCAGGAAUGAAGUUAGACCACCAACAUCAAAUUUCCCCCUACAGUAUGGGGCAAGCGUAUUGCUGGUCUCGUGGUUGUACCGACACACACUCAUGACCCUGAGAGUUCAAAUCUCAAGGUUGUUUCGGGACCAUUCGAUAAAUUUGCGCCCUGGGUCAGAGACCUGCUUUCGGUGCAGUGCUUCCUUGAAUCGCAUCGGUGCCUUAUUUUCUUCGAUGUUGCUGCAUUGCAUACUGACCAAAUCGCGGGAGUCAAGAAGACAAUGCUAUCUGUUAUUUGAGUUGUCAAAAAAUUAUUCCCAGGCAACGAACGUAAUUGGGUUGAUUCGCAUUAGACAAGACCUCAUUAGAGUCAUUAAUGAUAUUCUCAUGUGUUUUAAUCAGCUAAGACUAUCCGCGCUGCUGACCAUCGAGAUGGAGUUGCGACAGUCUACUUUUGAUAUUUGCAAUACUUUUUUGAUGUACGUGCAACGCAUUCAUCGCUUCAAUCCAGGGCUAAAGGCGUCUCUUGUCUCAUCACUGACGAAUAUGAUGUAUUCAGCGACUGCUGGGACAAUCAGGACUUGAGGUUUUAGCAGCUACUAUUGGCCUUCAUUGCACGCUCAAGCAAGUGCACUACGGUCCCUACAGACCGGGGCCUGGUAGUGCACUUUAGCCACAACCGAUUUCUUUUCCAAUUCACUGGCAAUUCCAACCGGAUUAUUCCAGCACUAGUGGUCCACCAUGAGGCACCGUGGCAGUUUGAUGAUCGUCUGGAUGAGUUGGGAUGUAGGGUUCUAUAGUACUAGAAGUCGUCACGGUCAAAGCACCUAGGUGACCUUCAAGUCUCUUCCCUCUUCAUGUUCGUGUGACGCCCACCGCCGGGCCAACUUUGCCAGCGGAGAGUUAGUUUUGGGCAACCUUAAGGCUCCAAAAACCCUGGGGCGGCGCAUCGCACGGGGCGCAUGAUCCUAGCGGUAGGCAUCAUGAACGAGUGCAAGCUCUGCCUCUCGCCACUCCGCUUUCCGCAACACUCCGCACGCGCCGUUGGCUGCUCGCGCAUGAGAAUAAUAAGGAAGACCAAAUUAAGGAAGACCUAAAAUAGGGAACAAGCGCCGUAGGGAAGCAGUACGUAGUGCAGGAAACAGUAUACCGUCCGAAGUCGGCUCCCAAUAGCCGUGUCUCCGGCCAUCCAGGCUCCGGUUGCAUCAAUAUCUGGAUCGAACCAGAACUCGACGAUAAAACGCUCCUCGACGGAGGUGUUUUCGCCCGGGCUAAGCUCGUCAAUAAAACGUUAUGUCAAAUAAUCUUGCCGCGACCAAUUUUGGGGGUGGCGUCCCCGAACGGGACCCGGUCUGAUGGCCGAGCGACUCGUGUAAUGAAACUUUGACUACGAAGUCCCGGAUGAUGUCAUUUUCAAGGGCCAAGUUCUCCGUGUCAUUCAUUAGAGAGCAACUUGAAGGAUUGUACUAAACCGUUCAUGGCAUCUCAGGCUUGUUCCAUUGCUUGAUCCGAGUCUCGGUGACGAUUUCAAAUUGCUCCGCGACUUCAAGUUCCUUUCUUUCUGUUGCUUUUAACCACUGGCAUUACUAACUUUUGCUAAACCUCUUCGUCAGUAGGCGGAACCUUGUGGGCCCCGGGCCGGGCCCGGGCCAUAACUUGAACCCGGGCAAGCCCGGGGUGUCGAGCAAUGCCUCCUGCCUGGUCACGGUCCCGGCCUCAGGAGGCUAGUAGGCUCAGGCUCAGGCUGCGACGGGAGCCUGAGACACUCAGGCUACUGCCAGUGGUGCUGCCCGUGUCGGCGUGAAUGUUGGAACAACAGUAUAGACACCGAUAUUAGAAAGUGGGGCAGUGGGGCUAGUGGGGCUGGAUGGGAAGAU